AAAAAACAACAAUAACAAAUUAAACAAAGAAAAUUAUUACAAUAAUUAAAACAUAUACAAAAGUGCUAAUUAACAAAAAAAAGUUUUCAAAUAAAUAAAACAUGACUGUAACAGCUUUUGCCGCCGCCAUGCACCGACCUUUCUUUAAUGGAUACCCUUCUAUGCAAGAUAUGAAUGCUGGUCAAGGACGCGUCAAUCAAUUGGGUGGAGUAUUCAUCAAUGGUCGCCCCUUACCCAACAGUAUUCGCUUGAAGAUUGUUGAAAUGGCUGCCGAGGGUAUACGUCCCUGUGUUAUUUCUCGCCAAUUGAGAGUUUCCCAUGGUUGUGUUUCCAAGAUCUUGAAUCGUUAUCAAGAAACUGGUUCUAUACGUCCAGGAGUUAUUGGUGGUUCCAAACCUCGCAUUACCACUCCCGAAAUUGAAAACCGUAUCGAGGAGUACAAACGUGCCAAUCCUGGUAUUUUCUCUUCGGAAAUUCGCGAUAAACUUAUUCGUGAUGGUAUCUGCGAUCGUACUACAGCUCCUCCAAUUUCGGCCAUUUCUCGUUUGGUGCGUGGUCGUGAUGCUCCCUCUGAAGCUGAUGAACAACACAAGGGUUCGGGUUCAGAAGCUACCAAUUCUCACGAAGAUGUUUCCGAUUGUGAAAGUGAACCUGGCAUUGCUUUGAAACGUAAACAACGUCGCAGUCGCACCACCUUCUCGGCCAUGCAAUUGGAGGAACUCGAAAAAGCCUUUGAACGCACUCAAUACCCCGAUAUCUAUACCCGAGAAGAAUUGGCUCAACGCACCAAUCUUUCAGAGGCUCGCAUUCAAGUUUGGUUCAGCAAUCGUCGUGCUCGUUUGCGCAAACAAAAUACCUCCGGUGGUGCUGCUGCUGUAACCAAUCAAGUUCCUGUGAUGGGUGGAAUGGGCUCCUCUUAUGCUGCCGUUCCCAGUCAUCAUGUACCUUAUGCUGCCAUGAUGCCUUCAGAGGCCUCCGUAGCUGCUGCUGCCUAUCAACAACAAAUGUAUGAUUUCUAUGCCGGUCACUCUGCUUCAGCCGCUGUAGCUUCUUCGUCCACCGCCAAUAUGUCGCCAGCAGCCACCAAUUCCAGCGGUAAUUCUCUAACACCACCACAUCAUCAACUUUAUCAUGGUAUGGCCAGCAACCAAAGCAAUAAUCAAUACAAUGUGCCCUCGGCUGCAAGUCUAAAUAUCAAUGUUGGUUACUCCUCCGCCGGUCAAUCGGUACUACCUCAAACCAACUAUCACCAUGAAACUGAAUCAAAUGCUCCCAUUGUACGUAAUGAAAGUCCUAGUGAAUCUAUUAACUCCGCCUAUGGUUCUUCAGGCAUACAAUUGCCUCCCACCCCCAACAGUUUAUCGGCUGUUAUGGGUAAUGGUCCUCAUUCCGUUAAUGGCAAUAGCCAUGAAGAUUUACAAGCUGCCCUUAAAUCAGAAACCUCCUCAAAUGGCCAUCAACUCUACAACAACUGGAAUGCCAGCCACAAUGCCACCAGACCCUCAGCUCCCUUAUCACCUGAAGAUUCUCUCAACUCUUCUGGCUUGGAAGCCUCUAGCUCAUCGUUACCUUCGGCUUCGCAAGCUUCCUCAGCCCAUCAUAUGUAUGCUCAUGCCGCUGCUGCUUCUCAAUAUCCCAGCUAUCCUCAUCAUCCCCAUCAUCAUCCUCAUCAUUCCCAAUAUGGUCAUCAAUAUUCCACCCCCUCGGCUGCCCAACAGUUGCCUUUUAAUCCUCAUGCUGCCUCCGCUUCCAGUGCCGCCGGUGCUGCCUCCUCGCAUUUCAUGCAACAAAACUUUGCUGCCUUUAGUUCUCCCUCGAAAGUCAACUAUGCUGGAGUUUCCCAACAUUUCUAUCCUCCCUGGUAUUAAGUUGUGUGCGCUCAGUUUGAGGUGCAAGCUGGGCUUACACUUUUACACAAAAAUUUUACUUUCGAAAUGUUUUGCCAAAGAUUUAAUUUGAUGCUGAUUUUCUUCCAUUUUUUUUAAACGUUCAAAUAAUUUAAUCACUUUUUUUAAUUGUAAAUAUUUUUUUAAGAAAAA